CUGCUGAUGCGCGUUUUUAUCGUUUCCCCACAGAAAGUGUUGCAGUUCGGAUCGAAAGCGCCCGCAAAUUUCCGAAAGAAAAUUUAAUCAUCCAAAAAUUGCUACUCAUUCCGUCGGCAUUCCACCAAAGCAGCCGCGAAAAUGUUGAUCAAAGUAAAGACCUUGACCGGAAAGGAAAUCGAGAUCGACAUCGAGCCCACGGAUAAGGUGGACCGAAUCAAGGAACGAGUCGAGGAAAAGGAGGGCAUUCCCCCGCAGCAGCAGCGGCUCAUCUUUUCCGGCAAGCAGAUGAACGACGACAAAACGGCCCAGGACUACAAGGUCCAGGGCGGUUCGGUGCUGCAUUUGGUGUUGGCCCUGCGAGGCGGUUACAUUUGCUAAAAGACUUACCACCAACAGAGACUUAUGGUCGUCACUCACGGGAUGUUUGAAAACGAAGAAUCUGGAGCCUUUGAAAGGCAAUGUAACAGCAUAGUAGAAUCGAAGGGGUGUAACAACAAACGCCAUCAAGUUGCAGCAAAAAGUUUGAAAGUUUCAUUUCGAUUGUCGGGAGAAUGGGGGAGGAUUAAAAAUAAUUUAAGCCCGUCUUGAUUUUCUUCUUAUUUUAAUUAAAUUAUUAACGUCUUUGUCAGUAACUGGAAACACAAAAGAUGAAUACAGUUUGAAAAUCAAA